AUGGACCUCCAUCCAUCCCCUUCCCCCCCUGGACUGGUCAGUAACUCGCGGUACCCGAAGUACCCAUUCUACCCGAAAUACCUAGCACCGUCCAUUCAGUCACCAGGUCGAGCGCUAGGCAACAGCGACACAGCCCACGGGCCACGAGCCCACGACCCAGUUAGCAAACUACGAAACCUGGCAACCCUAGCUAUCCCUGUCCAGCGGCGGCUGUGGGCUGCGGCUCUCUCGUCCCUGUCCAGCGGCGGCCGGCGGCUGGCUCUCUCCCUGUCUCCACUCUCCAGCGCAAGGAGCAAGACAAUCUCUCCCUGCCUCCGCUCUCCAGCGCAAGGAGCAAGACAGGCAGCCAGCAAGACAGUCGCGGAGGGUGCCGUCCGCAGAGCCGGAGCCGGAGACGGAGACGGCGACAGCGGCAGCCCCAUCGUCGUCACCGAUGCCAGGCAGGAGGUCACCGUCUCGCAGUUCGUCGCACAGCUAGAUGAGGCAGCCCGGCGGAGGCUGAACAGCAUGCACCAGGCAACAACGGAGCAACCAGACCUUAACAAACCGAAGUUGUGAACGGUGAACGCUCCAGAUUCAAGCUGAAUAUUGAUUCAAUGUUUCGGGUAGUUUGCUAUUACCCGAACCCGUACCCGAAAUUAUGGGUACCCGAAAUUACGGGUACCCGAAAUUACGGGUAAGGGUUCGGGUAUAGAUGUUAGAAGCCCGAAAUAUAAAAAACCCGAAAAGCCCGACCCGAAAUAUCGGGUAAACCCGAACGCCCAGCCCUAGAUCGCGCACUGGACAGUCUACAGGACCUGUCCGGUGGCGCACCGGACUGUCCGGUGCGCCACUCGACAGAAAGCAAGGAUAGCCUUCCAUGUUGAUCUUCAACGGCUCCUAGCUGCCUUGGAGCUAUAAAAGGGGCCCCUAGGCGCAUGGAGGAGUCAAUCAAGCAUUCACUAAGUAUUCUAAGGCAUCAAGACUCUGCUCCCGCGCAUUCGCUUUGUUGUGUUAGAGAUUUGAGCUCCAUUCGAGUCGUGAACUCCCUAUGUUGUCAUUUGAGCUCGAGUCUUCACUUGUGUGCGUGAGUGUGCUGCGUAUUUGAGUCUUGUGUGUUGCUCUUCCCAACCUUACUCUGUGCUUUCUUUAUGAUCUCAAUUGUAAGGGCGAGAGACUCCAAAUUAUGGAGAUUCCUCGCAAACGGGAAAAAGACUAUAAGGAAGAAAGUCAUGGUAUUCAAGUUGAUCAUUGGAUCGCUUGAAAGGGGUUGAGUGCAACCCUCGUCCAUUGGAAUGCCACAACGUGGAAGUAGGCAAGUGUUACUUUGCCGAACCACGGGAUAAAAAUCACGUGCCUCUU